AUGGCCUCACAUACCAUGGAGAUUGCUGCCCUGGCUCGACCUUUCACCCUAGGAAUGCUCUAUGAUGCUCGGCACGAUGAAAUGAUCCCAGGUUCAACAUUGUGGGAUAAAGAAACUCUAGAAAAGAACAAAUCUAAAACCCCUCAACAAAGCACCAGCUUCAAAAGUUCAACAUGUGACUCCAUUAAAGAGAAGUCCUCUCUGCUGGAUAUUAAUGCUUCACUGAAGGCCAGUUUCAUGAGUGGACUGAUUGAAGUUGGAGGAUCUGCCAAGUAUCUAUAUGAUACGAAGAAAUCGAUGAAACAGAGCAGAGUUACGUUUCAGUACAGUGAUACCACAUACUUGUCAGAGUUGUCUGUGAAUCAGCUUGCAACUAUGACCAGACAACAGAUAGAUAAUAUCGAUAAGGGCUGUGCAACUCAUGUAGUCACAGGCAUCCUUUAUGGGACAAACGCUUUCUUUGUGUUUGACAGUGAGAAGUUAGACGCCAGCACCGCUCAGGACUUCCAGGGCAGCAUGGAAGCUGUGAUAAAGAAGAUCCCCAAAUUGAAUGUUGAGGGGAAAGUUGAACUAAAGCUGAAUGAUACAGAAAAAGAUCUGACUGAGAAAUUCUCCUGCAAAUUCUACGGAGACUUCAUUCUUGAAAGGUACCCAGCAACAUUUGAAGAGGCAGUGAAGACCUAUGUAGAUCUUCCAAAGCUGCUGGGAGAAAAGCGUGUUCCACUGAAGGUCUGGCUGAUGCCAUUGAAGAAUUUGGAUCCUAAAGCUCCUGAACUGGUGAGAGAGAUCAGCGAUGGACUAGUGGUGUUGGCUCAAGAUGCUGUAGAUGAUCUAAAGCAAAUAGUGAUUAGAUGCAACGAUUCCCUGGAUGAAAAAGUGGUAGAGAAUUUUCAAACAAUUAAAGAAAAGUUAAGCAGAUUCAAAAACGUGUGUGGAAAUUAUGAAACUAAACUCAAAGAGACCAUGAAGAAGGAAUUUCCCCUCAUCCGUGAAGGUAAAGAUGAGAGUUCAGUAAAACAAGUCUUUACAGACAGAGAACAGUCACCAUUCAGCAAAGAGAAACUACAGAAGUGGAUGGACCAUAAAGAGAGAGAAAUCAACAUCAUCAGGUCCUGUGUAGAAAAGAUGGAGGGAACACAGAUUGUCCACAAUCAGUCAAAGUUGGACAGAGAGGUUCUUGCUGCAGAUGUAGAGGAUGCUCUGUGCUUUGUUUUCACCUCCCUGGAGAGUGCUGACCCCUGCCUUGAUGUGAUGACCAAAUACUUGGAUUCACUCAACUUAGAAUGUACCCAUGAAGACCUGUGGUACUUCUCAGAUGAAAUUUUUACCAAAAUGAGAGAAAAAGCCAAAUCUUUCUCUUAUCUUGCCAAAGCACUGAAGAACAACAGCCGAUUCCGUUUCCUCAUAGCAGCUGUAGCAAAUAAGAAAUACACAGGAGCAACCAUCUACCAUUACAAGGAGGGCAUUCUGGUCUCUGAAGAUUUCUCAAAGCCUGACCUCCCUCCUGUGGAGAAAAUCACUGACAGAAGAGAUCUGCUGUGGUAUGCCUGUGAUCUCACCCUGGACUCAGACACUGUGAACGGCUACCUCACUCUGUCUGAGGGAAACAAAAAGGCAACAUAUGGAGCGUGGCAGACGUAUCCUGAUCACCCAGAGAGGUUUGAUUCAAAUCCUCAGGUGAUGUGCAAAGAGAGGUUAAAGGGGCGACAUUACUGGGAGGUAGAGUGGAGUGUCGGUUCUUCUACAUCUGUUUACAUAGGUGUUGCAUACAAGGGAAUUGAAAGAAAAGCAAGCAGUAAACAAAGCCAACUUGGAAACAACACCAUUUCAUGGUGUUUUGGCCAAUAUAAGUCCUCACUUUACAAAUAUCAUGAUGGCUCCUAUGACCACAUCCCGAUUCCCUCUACUGGCUGCAGCAGAGUUGGGGUGUUUCUGGAUUGGCCUGCUGGAACUCUGUCCUACUACAGAGUCUCCUCUGACUCACUGAGUCACCUCUACACCUUUAAAACCACAUUCACUGAGCCAGUUUACCCAUGUUUCUGGGUUAAUCAAUAUUACAACUACGUGUACCUGCAUCUGGCUGAUUAA